GCGGCCAGGUGGCAAAGCGCCAAUCGGAAAUACAUAAUUUGCGACGUGAAGCAAGCCUUAAAUUUACCGGAAGCUCUAAAUUCAAGUGCUUUUAAGCAACAUAAACAAGAUUUUCAUGAUACGCAGUGUAGUAACAAUUCUUUGAGAACCAAUGGAAGCAGUUCCAGGAAGGAUGAAAUAGAAUUCAAACAUCUACAGCGCAAGCUUCGAUAAAAGGACUGUACGCGCGCACCCAACAGACGGGAAAGAUCUCUUUAGAUGCAAAUGGCUGUUGUCGGACGUUAUUUCGUCUUCGCUGUUUUGCUCCAACCAUGGAUCAUCCCUACGCUUGUGUUUAGUCAGCAGAGAUGCCUCGGAGGAUUCGAUGUUUACUUCAUUCUUGACAAAUCAGGAAGUGUUCUGCCCAAGUAUUUCAAAGGUCAGACAGUUGACUUUGUGGAAAAGACAGCAGAGAAUUUUGUCGGGAAAGGAGUUCGAUUUUCCUUUAUCACAUUUUCGUCAGACACUAAGGUUGUUAUGAAAUUGACAGGUGACAGAGCUAAAAUCAAAGAAGGACUUAACAAUUUGAGAAAAGUGCAGACAGGAGGAGCCACAUAUAUGAGUAAUGCUAUCAUACAGGCAAAUAAUCAAGUAAAAGAUCAAGCCAAAAGUCAGUCAGCAUUUAGUAUCUUCAUUAUUCUGACAGACGGCAAAAUUGACGACAUAGGCGCAUCAAAUGAACAGUCCAAGAGAGCAAAGAAAGCUGGAACAAUAGUAUAUGCUAUUGGAGUUGCAUUGUAUGAUAUACAACAGCUGAAUAUCUUGGCCAGCAAGCCGCCACAGGAUUUUGUGAUGACAGAACCAAGCUAUUUAACUUUGCUGAAUCUAACAAGUGCUGUUACAAACAGGACCUGUGUUGAAAUCACAUCAGUCAAUCCCCAGCAAGCCUGCUUAGGCGAAAGCAACACGGUCACGAUGUACGGGCGUGGGUUUGAGAAGUUCAAUUCCGCUGAGUCGCAUUCUGUUCGGUGUGGCUUCAAGUUUAAUAACACGUAUCGUCAAGUAACAAAAGCCAGUUUAGUUGAAGAAAACCGACUUGUUUGUCCUGUGCCUGUCUUGAACAACACUGAAAGUGUUCUUAUGUUGCUAGUUUCAUUGAACAGUGGACAGACGUUUGUCUCCAGCAAUGUCAAUAUCACAGCCAAAAACUGCACAAAAGUGGAAAACGGCACAAAACCAGACACAGAAAAGGAUAACGGAACAGGAAGUGGAGGCGAAACCAAACCAGAGGUGAGGAAACUUGCCCUAGGUUGAUGAUCUAUAUAUAUUCAUGGCCCGUCUGCUUGGUAAAGUGCUUAUAUUGUAAAGAAAAAUGAUUUAAUGGUUCCUCCUGGGAAGUAACUUAUUGUGGAGGUUUCUUAAGGGUGCUCCGGCUAAAUUUGUAACCGCGGAUUGCCUUUUCGUAUGGACCCUUUGCAUAAAUAGCGCCUGACUUUGAAUGACAAUACUUAUACACUACUUAUACACCCCAGACGGGCACGUCAAAAUACGGCACAACUCGUAAAAAUAUACAUCGAUACUACACACCAGAACAUCUAAUAAGAU